AUGCCAAUGACGUCGCCUCGAGGCUCUGAAAGCUCAGACGCCUCUCUGCCUCGCUCUUCCUCUCCCUCAUCGUCUGUUGUCUCUGACCGCUCCUCUCGUACAUCCGUAUCUAAUCAGCGAGUGUCUGUCUCCGGCCGCAGACUCACCGACUUCAACCCCAUGUCAACUGUCGACGUAUUUGCUAUUGAAGAAGCAAUGAAGACGGCAGCUCUUGACCAGCACCGAGGCUAUGCCAAGGACACCUAUGGCGAAAUCAAGCAGGAACGCAAUACGGAAUAUCUGGCCAAGUCGCAGGCCAGAGGCUAUCAAAUACUCCGUGAGCCUCUGUGGAACAAGGGCCUCUCAUUUACCCCUGAGGAGCGUGCUAGCCAGAACCUCACCGGGCUCUUGCCGCAUGCCAUGGAGUCUUUGCAGACUCAGUCGGCCAGAGCGAUGAAGAUGAUCCAGACUCGCCAGACCAACAUCGACAGGUAUCUGUACCUUUCAAACAUCAAAAACCAAAACGUCGACUUGUUCUACCACCUGUUGAUGAACAAUGUCCGCGAACUCAUGCCCUUGGUCUACACACCCACCGUAGGCGACGUUUGUCUGCAAUACUCCAGCAUCUAUACUCGCCCCGAGGCUCUGUAUGUUUCCAUCAGGCAGCGCAAAUCUAUUCGAACCAUGCUUAGAAAUUGGCCCUGCGCAGAACCCGACAUUUGCGUCGUCACUGACGGAUCUCGUAUCUUGGGCCUUGGAGACCUGGGUAUGAAUGGCGUGGGUAUCUCGAUUGGCAAGCUGGCCUUGUACACUGCUGCCGCAGGCAUUCACCCUGCCAAGACUCUCCCCAUCGUAUUGGAUUGCGGCACCAACAACGAAACCAACUUGAGGGAUCCACUGUACCUGGGUCUUAGACAGAAGCGUCCCUCCCUAGAGGUCCAGCAAGCAUUCAUGGAUGACUUCAUGGCAGCUGUGAAGGAAGUGUACCCCAACAUGGUUGUCCAGUUUGAAGACUUCGAGAGCGAAAAGGCAUUCAACUACCUGGAUCGCUACAGAAACACACAUCGAGCUUUCAAUGACGAUAUCCAGGGUACUGGUGCCGUGGUCCUCGGCGGGUAUAUCGGUGCAUGCAACUUGUCCGGCGUCCCCAUUGAGGAGCAGCGUCUGGUCUUUAUGGGCGCCGGCUCUGCGGGUGUGGGUGUGGCGAAGCAGCUUGUUGAGUACUACACUCGUAGAGGAUUCUCUGAAGCCGAAGCCCGUGACAAGUUCUUCCUUGUUGACACCAAAGGUCUGGUCACCAAAGACAGGGGCGACAAGCUGGCAGAGCACAAAAAGUACUUUGCUCGCAGCGACAAUGAUGGCCAGCAGUUCGGUACGCUGGAAGAGGUCAUUGAAUACGUCAAGCCCAGUGCCUUGAUUGGUCUCGCCGCUACCUUUGGCAUCUUCACAGAAUCCGUCGUCCGAGCGCUGAAGGCUUCGGUUGAUGCCGGUGGCCCCGGUCGACGUCCCAUCCUGUUCCCCCUAAGUAAUCCCCUAACAAAGGCCGAGUGCACGUUCGAGCAAGCUGUACAGUGGACCGACGGCUCUGUCAUUUUCGCAUCCGGAUCUCCGUUCCAGUCAUUUGCCGUCAAGGUCGGUGGUGAAGCUGGCGAGGUGACGUACCAUCCCAACCAGGGCAACAAUGUGUACGUCUUCCCCGGUCUAGGCCUCGGUGCUAUCCUGGCCAAGGCGUCACGCGUGACGGACAACAUGGUGUACACCUCGGCCGAGGCCCUGGCUGGCUCACUGAAUGCUGAGGAAGUCCACAGGGGGUUGAUAUACCCCAACAUUGAGCGUGUCCGUGAGGCGAGUGUCAAUAUUGCUCGUGAAGUCAUGAAGGCUGCUCGACGAGAUGGUGUCUCAGAACUUCCCGAAGCCUACUGGCAUGAGUGGGAGGAGUGGGGUGAUGUUGCUUUGACGGCAUACAUUGAGCAGCGCAUCUACAACCCUGCCUGCUUCACUGAUGCCCGAGGUCGCCUAUGA